ACUUGUAGCAAGUUAGCAUGAUGUGUGGAGUCACAUAUUUCUGCUGCUAAGCCUUGGGCUGGUGAAAAUCAGGAAAUUUCUAUUUGAGUUCCCCUUUCUUAGAAGGUGCACCAGCCCUCAGCGUGACAGAAGAUUAACUCAUUUUAAUUAGAUUUCUAACAGCAUUUUAAGAGCAUAGUCUGCGUAAUGUGAAUCGGCUUCAGCCAAAUGUUCUUAUUGUAACCUUGAUGGAUUUUAUUUGGGAAGGGAAAUGACUCCACGCACUGAUUUGAAAGUCACUUUCUGAUAAGGGGAGUUGGCAUCCUGUUUAUGCCGCAGUCUCUUUUCUCCAAGUCUAAGGGAUUGUAAGUGUCACCUGUUUGUAUUUGGGGAGUAUGGAGCCUCCGCUGUACACCAUGAAGAAAGUUAAUGCUGCGUCUGCUGUAAUAUCCGUCCUCCAUGUGGCCGACAACCUGCAGCUUAGCCUGACUGCAGAGCCCACUGCCGAAGAAAUGGCACUCAAUGCGGCUACCCCAGUAAACCGUACUGAGGAUUCCUGCAAACUUGUUCUGGAUGGGAAUGAAGACUUAAAGCAAAUGCUGGAAAGCAACAAAGACAAUGCAAAAUUGGAAGCAAUGAAAAGGAUUAUCGGGAUGAUUUCAAGUGGGAAAAAUGCCUCUGAACUGUUUCCUGCUGUCGUGAAGAACGUGGCCAGCAAAAAUCUGGAGAUAAAGAAAUUGGUUUACGUGUACCUCGUACGCUAUGCGGAGGAACAACAGGACCUGGCUCUCUUAUCUAUUGCUACUUUUCAACGUGGUUUAAAAGAUCCUAACCAGCUGAUUCGUGCAAGCGCACUGAGAGUUUUAUCGAGCAUUAGGGUGCCAAUUAUCGUUCCCAUAAUGAUGCUGGCUAUUAAGGAAGCAUCGGCCGACCUGUCUCCGUAUGUGAGAAAAACCGCAGCGCAUGCUAUCCAGAAACUGUACAGUUUGGAUCCUGAUCAGAAAGAUCUGCUUAUUGAAGUCAUUGAAAAACUUCUUAAAGACAAAAGUACGCUUGUAGCGGGAAGUGUUGUGAUGGCCUUUGAAGUAGUGUGCCCAGACAGAAUUGAUUUAAUCCACAAGAACUUCCGGAAGCUCUGCAACUUGCUGAUGGAUGUGGAGGAGUGGGGCCAAGUCGUGAUAAUCCACAUGCUCACUCGAUAUGCCCGUACGCAGUUUGCUAACCCAUGGUUGGAGGAUGAGUUUGGAGAUGAUGGAAUGAGAAGUCAUUUUUAUGAAUCUGACGAAGAAAAAGAUACAGACCAGCAAAAAAGGCCGUACGUCAUGGACCCUGAUCACAGGCUUCUUCUGAAAACUACCAAGCCACUACUUCAGAGCCGAAAUGCUGCGGUUGUUAUGGCUGUAGCACAGUUGUAUUGGCACUUGGCACCCAAGUCUGAAACCACCAUCAUUGCAAAGUCACUCGUUCGCUUGCUACGUAGCUACAGGGAGGUUCAGUAUAUUGUCCUUCAGAACAUUGCAACCAUGUCUAUACAGAGGAAGGGGUUGUUUGAGCCGUAUAUGAAGAGUUUCUAUGUUAGGUCCACUGAUCCGACUAUGAUCAAAACAUUAAAGCUCGAAAUCUUGACCAAUUUGGCAACAGAAUCCAACAUAUCGACUCUUCUUCGCGAGUUUCAGACCUAUGUGAAAAGCCAGGACAAAGCGUUUGCUGCUGCCACCAUUGAGGCCAUAGGGAGAUGUGCAACCAAUAUAUCUGCUGUGACCGAUACAUGUCUUAAUGGUCUUGUAUACCUUCUGUCAAAUCGAGAUGAUGUUGUAGUUGCAGAGAGUGUGGUCGUCAUUAAGAAACUUCUGCAGACACAGCCAGCACACCAUGGUGACAUCAUUAAACAUAUGGCCAAGCUCCUCGAUAAGAUUACUGUCCCAAUGGCAAGGGCCAGCAUUCUGUGGCUCAUUGGAGAGUAUUGUGAACGUGUCCCGAAGAUCGCACCCGAUGUGCUGAGGAAGACGGCCAAAACGUUUAUCAAUGAGGAUGAUAUCGUAAAACUGCAAAUUUUAAACCUUGCUGCCAAACUCUACUUGACAAACUCCAAGCAGACAAAAUUGCUUACUCAGUACAUCUUAAAUCUUGGAAAAUAUGAUUUAAAUUAUGACAUUAGAGACAGAACGAGAUUUGUAAGACAGCUUAUUGUUCCCAAUGAGAAAAGUGGAGCUUUAAGUAAAUAUGCAAGAAGAAUAUUUUUGGCUCAAAAACCCGCUCCUCUGCUCGAAUCGCCAUUUAAAGGCAGAGAUCAUUUUCAACUUGGAACCCUCUCACAUACUCUGAACAGCCAGGCCACCGGCUACCUAGAAUUAUCGGAUUGGCCAGAAGAAGUCCCUGAUCCCACUGUCCGUAACGUGGAAAUUAUUGAAUCGAUUAAAGGAUGGGACACGUCACUUGGAAAGCAAAAGAAAGAAAAAACUAGUGACAAAUUUUUCUCCGAUGAGGAGGAGGAGGAAGAGGAGGAGAAAGAGGAGGCCGGAUCUGAAGCCUCCAGUGAAAAUGAAUCUGAUAGUGAAGAAGACAGCAAUGAUGAGGAGGAAAGCAGCAGUGAGGAGAGCAAUGCCAGCUCUUCUAGCGAAGACGAAAAGGACUCUAUUGAAAAUAAAAAAAUAACCAAAAAAAAGAAGACUAACAGCGGCAGUCAAUCUGAAGAGGAGGACAGUGCUUCAGGAAGUGACGAUUCCAGUUCGUCAUCCUCAUCCGCUAAUAACUCACUGAGUGAUUCUUCCCAAUCUGAAGAAGAAAGUCCUACAGAAAGCAAAGAUCCCAAAAAAAUUGUCAGCAACAAGAAGAUUGAACAUAAAACCCAGAAAUCCGAAAUAAAAAAAGAAAAGGACAUAUAUCUGCUAGACCUGGAUGACUUUAAUGUUUCAACUCCAGUAGUACUUCCAAAGCCAGCCACUAUUUCUCCUACACUAAUAGCAGAUCUGCAAGGACUAUCGCUUUCCACACCUUCUCCUGUCAUAAAUGUUUCUAUGCCCUCGUUCGUCCCUACAAAAACAUACGAACUCCUCCACCGCAUGAGCGGCAAAGGAUUAGCUGCCCAUUACCACUUCCCAAGGCAGCCCUGCAUUUUCGGAAACCAAAUGGUGUCAGUGCAAGUUACGUUCACCAAUACCAGUGAUAAGAAAAUUGAGGCUAUUCAUAUAGAAGAGAAAAAAAUACCAGCCGGCUUGAAAAUCCACACGUUUAACCCAAUAGAUUCUCUGGAGCCAGAGGGAUCCAUUACUGUCUCAAUGGGUAUUGACUUCUGUGAUUCGACGCAGACUGCCAGCUUCCAGUUGUGCACCAAAGAAGACCAGUUUAGUGUUGGCAUUCAGCCCCCAUCCGGAGAACUGCUCCUUCCUGUCACUAUGUCAGAAACAGAUUUUAAGAAAGAACAAGGAAAGCUCGCCGGUAUGAAUGAAACGUCCACUGCGAUCACCGUAUCCCCUCACAAUUCAACACCGCAGGCUUUAGUCCAGAGAUUUGUAACGGCUGCAAACCUGGGGGUCGUUGCUUCUGGUCAGAAUAACGUACACAGAUUUGCAGCUAAAACUGUGCACAGCUCCUCCUUGGUGUUAGUCACAGUGGAGUUAAAGGAAAGCUCGACCGCACAGCUCAUCAUAAACACAGAGAAGACGGUGAUUGGCUCUAUUCUGCUGCGCGAGCUCAAGCCUGUCUUGUCCCAGGGGUAACCCAGCAUACAUCUGGACUUCUGAGUCUGGCACACAAGAAAGGAGCCUGGCACCUUCCACUGCUGCCCAUCAUUUAUAAUAAUAGCCGUUCCGUCUGGCAGUAGCUGGGAGAAUACUCUCUCCUGCUUCAGAAUGCUGGUAUCUAUCACUUGCCAUAGCUGAGCUCGCUAACUAAAUUCAUGUUUUACUGUCACUUAUUCCUACAUUUAGACCCAUUUGCCAUGGGUUACAUUUUCUGUUGCUGUUUUAAUAAAACAUUGGGUUCGUAUAAGUUAUAUUAAAGAAAACCAGAUUUAGUGGUAACCAGGGGCUACAACUUUGGCAUCAUCAUACCAACGAGUGACGCCAUGUAACCCUUUCAGUAAGGGCCAUUGAACACCCUCCCAAAUACUGAACUGGAAAUGGUGUUCGUUUUACGACCGAGAGUAACAGAAAUCAGCCAAAAUAUUCUCACUAUUCCAGUGUUUUCUGCGACGGGAAUUCUCAAUUGAUUUCCUGAUUUGUUUGAAUCAUUCUAUUGUGUUCCUUAUAUUAAAGCAGACUUUUCAAUAAA